AUGGCUGCUUCUCUGAGACAGAGGUUUCUGCGUGUGCUGUGUUGCGGGGCGCCUCCCCGGGCGUCCUCCGAGGAAGCACUCCUGAUGGAGGGGUUUCUGUUUAAGAGGACCAGGAAUGGGGAUAGCAAUGGUAAAUCCGAUGAAGAGCUUUGCAGCCCUCCCAGAAAGAAACGUUUGGGAGCAGAGAACAAGACACCUAUACCAAGCUUGAAAGCAAAGGACGGGACAGUUUGGGAGACGGUAGAUGCUAAACCCCUUCUGCAGAAUGAAUUCAGCACAGAUGUUACUUUCCAUGAGAGAGCAGGACCCUCAGAGUAUGCCAAGCGGAGGAUAACAAGUAGACUCCAGAGCUUUCUGUGUUUGUUCAGCAUGGAGAUGCUCCGGAUCAUCACAGACUGCACCGUCCACGAAGCCCGGAGAACAACCGAAUGCUGGAGCCUUUCUGUCAGUGAGCUGAUGGCCUUCAUAGCAAGUCUGUUUCUUCGAGCAACGCUCUGCCCAAUUGGUGCGAUGAUAGAGUCUUGGUCAGAAAAUUAUGCCGUGCCUGCAAUCAAGGAGACGAUGUGCCGUGACCGCUACAAAGAAAUCAUGCGGUAUUUGCGGUUUGACAACAAAGACACCCGUGCUGAACGUGUGAAGACCGACAGAUUCGCUGCAGUUUCGGACAUCUGGCAACGUUUCAUAUGUAACUGUCAUCUGUGUUACGUACCGGGACAACACAUUACUGUCGACGAGCAGCUGUUUCUUACCAAGGUCCGCUGUCCAUUCACGCAGUACAUAUCAACUAAAUUUGGCAUAAAGUUCUGGAUUGCUGCAGACUUGGAGACGAAGUAUAUGUGCAACGCCAUUCCAUAUUUAGGAAAGGACCCCAGUCGUCCCAAGGGUGAAAGACUGUCUGAGAAUGUCGUCAUGAAGCUCAUGGAGCCAUUUCUGGGCAUGGGAAGAACUGUCACCAUGGACAACUUCUUCACAUCUAUGGCACUGGCUAACAGACUGCUGAACCAUAACACAACUCUGCUCGGCACAAUCAACAAAAUUAGACGGGAGAUUCCCCCUCCAGCAAAAAGUGCCAUGGGCCGGGCUGAAUUGUCCACACAAGUUUAUAAAUCUGGCAGUGCCACACUGACAGUGUAUGUUCCUAGGAAGAACAAGUUGGUCUGCGUUCUCAGCACCAUGCACCAGCAUGUGCUAGUUGGCGAUGAGCGCAAACGGAAACCAAACACUAUUACAGAUUACAACUCCAUGAAGUGUGGUGUCGACAUAAUGGACCAGAUGGCGCGUGUGUAUACGGUACGUGCAGCCACACGCAGGUGGCCCGUUGCCGUAUUUUACAACAUGCUUGACCUAGCAGCGAUGAACGCAUAUGUGUUGUACAAAGCAUGCACCAGGUCCACCGAAAGCAGAAGAGAUUUUAUACAUGGCCUUGCACUGGAACUUCGGCAGCGUUUUAUGCUGGGAAAGGCUAUGACACAAAAGCAACAUCCCUCGCCUGUUCCUGGAAAGACGACGCAGUGUCAGGUGCAGACGCUCUGCACUAGAAACCGCAGCACAAAACAGUGUGGAGUUUGCAACAAGUACACCUGUCGCAAAUGUAGAACUGAGAAAAACUGGGUGUGUAAUAAGUGUGAAUAACAUGUAUAGCUACAAUUACACACACACACAUACACACACACAUAUAUAUAUGG